ACUUGUCAUGGCUCUUCCAAGUUCUAAGACGGAGCAUCCUUUGAGUAGCAGUCAACCUACCAGUUGGCGGUAAGGUGCCAAUGAGAGCGUGAAGGUGUGUUUGCUCAACCAGAAACAAAUUUUCAAACAAAUUUUUCGUCUCACCCGGGUCAGUGUCACCCGUCGCGGUCGUGAGGGGAGCAUUGCGUGCUUUGUGCAGCAAAACCUCCUCUCCGAAUCCUCAUCUCAAUUCUUUCGUUGACUUCAAUUAUAUACCCCGUUUGGCGUUUGCCUUUGGUCGCGUUUCUUGGCUCGGAUCGUCGUCCUCGAUCGGUUCGAGUCACGAUGAGUGGCGGCGAGCUCCGUCGGGGAGCGCUUGAGGAGAGCCUGCUGCUGACGGGGAGGACGCAGUGGGACAAGACAUACCUGGACGUGCUGGGCGUGUGCUGCUCGGCGGAGGUCGCGCUCGUGGAGAGGCUCCUCUCGCCGCUCGCCGGCGUGAGGACGGUGUCCGUCGUCGUCCCCUCCAGGACCGUUGUCGUCCAGCACGACCCCGCCGCCGUCUCCCAGUCCCACAUCGUGAAGGUUCUGAACGGGGCAGGCCUGGAGGCGUCGGUGCGAGCCUAUGGGAGCAGCGGGAUCAUCAGCCGGUGGCCCAGCCCGUACAUCCUCGCCUCCGGCGUCCUCCUCCUGGCGUCCUCCCUGAGCUGGCUCCUCCCUGAUCCCCUGCAUCAUCUGCAGUGGCUGGCCCUGGCCGCGGCCUUCGUCGGCGCUCCCCCGAUGCUGCUCCGGGGCUUCGCGGCCGCCAGCAGGCUCACGCUGGACAUCAACGUCCUGAUGCUCAUCGCCGUCGCCGGCGCCGCCGCUCUCGGGGACUACACUGAGGCCGGCGCCAUCGUCUUCCUCUUCACCACCGCCGAAUGGCUCGAGACCCUGGCUUGCACCAAGGCUAGCGCCGGCAUGUCGUCGUUGAUGAGCAUGAUCCCGCCAAAGGCAGUGCUCGCGGAGACGGGUCAGGUGGUCAACGUGAGCGACAUCGGUGUAGGCGCCGUCGUCGCCGUCAGGGCCGGCGAGGUGGUCCCGGUCGACGGCGUGGUGGUGGACGGGCAGAGCGAGGUCGACGAGAGGAGCCUCACCGGGGAGUCCUACCCGGUGCCCAAGCAGCCGCAGUCCGAGGUCUGGGCCGGCACCCUCAAUUUGGAUGGCUACAUUGCCGUGAGGACAAGUGCUCUUGCGGAGAACUCGACGGUGGCCAGGAUGGAGAAGCUGGUGGAAGAGGCCCAGAACAGCAGGUCCAAGACGCAGCGGCUUAUCGAUUCCUGCGCGAAAUACUACACGCCAGCCGUGGUGGUCAUGGGGGCAGGGGUGGCGCUGCCGCCGCUGCUGCUGGGAGCAGGGGACCCGGAGCGGUGGUUCAGGCUGUCCCUGGUGCUGCUGGUGAGCGCGUGCCCGUGCGCGCUGGUGCUGUCGACGCCCGUGGCCACCUUCUGCGCGCUCCUCACGGCGGCCAGGAUGGGUGUCCUAAUCAAGGGAGGGGACGUCCUCGAGUCCCUGGGGGAGAUCACGGCCGUCGCCUUCGACAAGACCGGCACCAUCACCAGAGGCGAGUUCAGCAUCGCCGCGUUCCAUGUGGUCGCGGACAAGGUUCAGAUCACCCACCUUCUUUACUGGGUGUCAAGCAUCGAGAGCAAAUCGAGCCAUCCAAUGGCGGCUGCACUUGUGGAGUACGCGCGGUCCAAAUCUAUCCAGCCAAAGCCGGAGAAUGUCGCCGAGUUUCGCGUGAUUCCCGGAGAGGGCGUCUAUGGAGAGAUCCAUGGAAGGCACAUCUACAUCGGAAACAAGAGGGCGGCCCUGGCAAGGGGAUCGUGUCACACAGUUCCAGAGAAAAAGGACGGUGAUCUGAAAGGCGUGUCCGUGGGAUACGUGAUCUGCGACGGGGACCUCGUCGGGGCGUUCUCCCUCUCGGACGAUUGCCGGACCGGAGCGGCAGAAGCGAUUCAGGAACUAACAGCCAUGGGCAUCAAAUCCGUAAUGCUCACGGGAGACAGCGCGGAAGCCGCGGCGCACGCGCAGGAGCAGCUCGGGGGCGCGCUCGAGGAGCUCCACUGGGAUCUCUUCCCGGAGGACAAGGUGCGGCUCGUCGCCGCCCUGAAGGCGAGGGCGGGGCCGACGAUGAUGGUCGGCGACGGGAUGAACGACGCCCCGGCGCUGGCCAUGGCGGACGUGGGCGUGUCCAUGGGCGUCUCGGGCUCCGCGGCCGCCAUGGAGACCAGCCACGCGACGCUCAUGUCCAGCGACGUGCUCAGGGUGCCCGAGGCCGUCAGGCUCGGGCGGCGCGCGCGCCGGACCAUCGCCGUGAAUCUGGUGGCCUCGGUGGGGAUCAAGGCCGCCGUGUUAGUGCUCGCGGUCGCCUGGACCCCGGCGCUCUGGGCGGCGGUGCUCGCUGAUGUCGGGACGUGCCUGCUCGUCGUGCUCAAUAGCAUGCGGCUGCUGGGGGAGGGGAACAGAGGGGGAGGUGGGAAGAAGAAGAAGGAGGAGGCUUGCCGUGCCACGGCGAGAUCGCUGGAGAUGAGAAGGGCUCAGCUGCUGCUCAACGCCGAUGAUGCGUCCAACGCUGCUAGUACUACGGUUGUUGUUGAGAGACCAGGUGGUGGCGGUGGGAGAGAGAAAUGCCAUUGCUGUCACAGGGAAAACGAGUCUCCUGAGAGUUCGGUUGCCAUCGACAUUAUUCGAGUCGACGAGCGUCCGGAGGAAGUGAGGAAGAUUGCGGCGUGUGCGCCUGCGAAAGGCGGAGCGGACGCCUGAUGUUGCGGCAGCAGCAGCAAGGCUACUGGAUGCGGCACUUUGGUCAGGCCUAUUUCAUCGACCCGCGCAUCAUCGCUACGAUGUUGUUCCGGCCAAAUAGACAGCUAAGAAAUUGUACACCAAAAUGGCGCCCGUUGAUGGUAGGGUGAAAGUGAUAGCCCCCCGAUAGACAUCCUUCUAGUGUUUAAAAUGAUGUAUUUUUCAGACAGACAUUUUUUAGUCAUAAAUUCAUACACACAAAUCAGACAAAA